AAUCUGCUGGUUUUACAAACUUGUAUCCAUUUAUUAUUUCAAAAAAUAUUAUUAUUGUGGCAUAUAAAUAGCAGCUCAAAAGGGUUUCACAUUUUUUCAACAGCCAGUUCUGCUCGAGCUACUGCGCCUGCUUUCUUCCAACAGACUAGUUUGUAGCCGAGCUUGUGGUUGUAUCAAUUUGCAAUGUCAGAUGGCCAAGAAAAUGACAAGAAUAUUGAAAUAUGGAAAAUGAAAAAGUUAAUCAAAGCCCUUGAAUCUGCAAGAGGAAAUGGUACCAGUAUGAUCUCUCUUAUUAUACCUCCUGGUGAUCAGAUAUCUCGGAUUACCAAGAUGUUGGCAGAAGAAUAUGGUACAGCAUCAAAUAUUAAGAGCAGAGUAAAUCGUCAGUCUGUCCUCGGUGCAAUAACGUCUGCCCAGCAGAGGCUUAAACUGUAUAAUAAGGUACCUCCUAAUGGAUUGGUCCUUUAUACUGGAACUAUAAUGACUGAAGAUGGGAAGGAAAAGAAGGUAACCUUUGACCUCACACCUUUUAAGCCUAUAAAUGCGUCUCUGUACCUAUGUGACAACAAGUUUCACACGGGACCUCUGGGUGAGCUUUUGGAAUCAGAUGAGAAGUUUGGUUUCAUCGUCAUGGAUGGUAAUGGCACUCUUUUUGGGACCUUAAGUGGCAACACUAGGGAAGUCCUUCAUAAAUUCACUGUUGACCUACCCAAGAAGCAUGGAAGAGGAGGUCAAUCAGCUCUGCGAUUUGCUCGUCUUCGAAUGGAGAAACGCCAUAACUAUGUGAGGAAGACAGCAGAGCUUGCUACUCAGUUCUACAUUAAUCCAGCCACUAGUCAGCCAAAUGUAUCUGGACUAAUACUUGCUGGGUCAGCUGAUUUCAAGACAGAGCUGAGCCAGUCUGAUAUGUUUGAUCCACGUCUACAGGCAAAGAUACUUAAUGUGGUUGAUGUGUCCUAUGGUGGGGAAAAUGGAUUCAGUCAGGCCAUUGAGCUAUCUGCUGAGAUUCUCUCAAAUGUGAAGUUUAUACAAGAAAAGCGCUUGAUAGGGAAAUUCUUUGAGGAAAUCAGUCAAGAUACUGGGAAGUAUGUAUUUGGCGUGGAUGACACAAUAAAAGCUUUGGAGAUGGGAGCUGUUGAAACUCUUGUUGUUUGGGAAAAUCUUGAUAUAAACCGAUAUGUGCUGAAAAAUAGUGUUACCAAUGAGAUUGUCAUUAAGCACCUAAACAAGGACCAAGAGGCUGAUCAAAACAAGUUCAAGGAUCCUGACAACUCAGCUGAAUGGGAGGUCCAGGACAAAAUGCCGCUAUUGGAGUGGUUUGCCAAUGAGUACAAAAACUUCGGUUGUUCACUUGAGUUUGUCACUAACAGGUCUCAAGAGGGGUCACAGUUUUGCCGAGGAUUUGGUGGCAUCGGGGGAAUCCUUCGCUACCAGCUUGACCUGCGUUCGUUUGAUGAGCCAUCUGAUGAAGGAGAAUACUUCGAGGAUUCUGAUUAAGCUUUCCUUCUGUCUCCUUAGCCCAGAUGAUGGACAGAGAUGCAAUUUGUUGAAAGUUUUGAGGUCAUCUUAGCAAUGAGUUUCCUGCUAUCAUCAUUAAUAUCAAUCACUGAGUCUCUGCUGUUGUUAAAAGUUGUUUGCUUUUCCUUGAUAUGUGAAACAGGUUUCUUUGGGACUAUCUUCAAUUGGAAAGAGGACUUCUAAUUGUUUUAUGAGCCUAUCUACCUUACCCUUGUGAGUUUGUUAUGGCUGUCUUGAACUAUGUCUUGUUUGUAAUGGAAUUUAAAUUGCUACAGUCAGAGAGUUAUUUAUGUAAACCUGAAGAAGAUUAAGUACUAA